CAUUGCCCGUGUGAAUGCCAAUGAUACAGAGCCCCCCAAGAGCAGAGCAAGCGCGAGAACACACACCAACAACGCAACAAACCACCAGGCGUGCGCGUGCAAGCGCAAGGCUUGAAACGGAGAGACACGAAAAGCGCCAAGGUGUUCGCCCAUCAUUAUAAUCAGCUUAUAAGGGCGCGAGCGAAACCGCACAGUUGUACACUUGGACUCGCAAACUAGACUCUCCGUCUCCUUGCGCUGCGCGUUAUAUCGGCUCUGCCUAUAUAAGUGUGCUGAGGCGACUGGGGCUCGGUGAGUGUUUUGGGUGGGCCGGCUUUAUGAGCAGUCUCGGUUUGAAGAUCCGCACCGUCGUCCGCUCACCUAUGGCGGCCGCGGCCGUCGCUGGCGUCGGAAGGGAUGGUAGCUUCGCCUCCCAGAAGCGGCCACGUCGGGUUAGUGUGAGAAUGGAGAGAAGCAGAGUCGGGGACGGUUGCUGCUGCUCCUGCUCUGGCCGCGGCGGGGUGGCGUCCACUACGGCGGUCCGGCCGUCCACGGGGAUGGUGGUGAUCGUCGGCGCCACGGGCACGGGGAAGACCAAGCUUUCCAUCGACGCGGCGCAGGAGCUCGCCGGCGAGGUGGUGAACGCUGACAAGAUUCAGCUGUACGACGGCCUCGACGUCACCACGAACAAGGUGUCGCUCGCCGACCGCCGGGGCGUCCCGCACCACCUCCUCGGCGCAAUCCGCGCCGAGGCCGGGGAGCUGCCGCCGUCGUCGUUCCGCUCGCUCGCCGCCGCCGCCGCGGCCGGCAUCGCGUCGCGCGGGCGCGUGCCGGUCGUGGCCGGCGGGUCCAACUCGCUCAUCCACGCGCUCCUCGCUGACCCCAUCGAUGCCGCGCCGCGUGACCCUUUCGCGGACGCCGAUGUCGGGUACCGGCCGGCGCUCCGGUUCCCGUGCUGCCUCCUCUGGGUCGACGUCGACGACGAUGUUCUCGACGAAUACCUCGACCGGCGCGUGGACGACAUGGUCGGCGAGGGGAUGGUCGAGGAGCUCGAGGAAUACUUCGCGACGACGUCGGCCUCGGAGCGGGCCUCGCACGCCGGGCUGGGCAAGGCCAUCGGCGUGCCGGAGCUCGGCGACUACUUCGCCGGGCGCAAGAGCCUCGACGCGGCGAUAGACGAGAUCAAGGCCAACACGCGGGUCCUCGCGGCCCGCCAGGUCGGCAAGAUCCGACGCAUGGCCGACGUUUGGGGCUGGCCCAUCCGCCGCCUCGACGCCACGGCCACCAUCCGGGCGCGGCUCUCCGGCGCCGGCCGCGCCGCCGAGGCCGCCGCGUGGGAGCGCGACGUGCGCGGGCCAGGCCUCGCCGCGAUGCGUCAGUUCGUCGGCCGCGCCGACUUCAACGCCGCAGCGGUCGACCAGCUAGCCGCGCGGAGUCGGAGGCAAUGCCUUCGCGGUGGCAUGGUGGCCGGCUGAGCCCGAGCGGAGGAAAAAAAAAAAAGCUUGCGUGCUUUUGGGUUCAAAAUUUUUCGAUAGGCCGCCGAUUUUGGCGGGCCCGAUGGCUCAUCUGACACAGGUCGGUGGGGCCACAGGACAUGCUACAGCGAAAGACAGAGCACAAUACAGAGCAAGCAGGAACAAGAAAUAGAGAGAAAAGGCAGAGAGCUGUGAAGUUUUGCAGAGAGGACUGUGAAUUCCUUCUCCCUGGCCUGGAGGCUGCUUAAUCUUCUUUUGGAUUCAUCAACCUUUUUCCUAGCUAGCCACCAUUGUAUACAGUGUAAUCUACUGCUCCCCCUUGUUCAAAUUUUGAAAUAGUUUUACAUUUUCAACCUGACCUUGAGGAGGAUAUUACAGGAUUCAUCACCAUGCACCAGAUGCACUUGGUUUUC